AUGUGUCACUUCGCACUCCAUAUUUGGAAAUGCGGCGAUAGCUUCUUCACCAAAUACUCCUCUUGCAGCUUCGACCGGGCCGUUCACGAUACAAACAGCCUAUUGAACCCGCUGCAUCAAUCCGUUAGACCGCACGGCCGACAUCUGCCAUGCCCACCGCCGUCAGAGCCAGAUCUGUCGCCACGCACUUGCCAUGCUACUCCCAACACAAUGUCAUCGACAAGCUCUUCGAGAUCCAGCAGCAAUGACACGCCGCGACCCUGUUUGGCUGUGCCAACCAUCGACCUAUCUUCACCCGGUAGAAGCACCUACACCAUCGAGAAUAACCCCAGCACAUGUGCCAGAGACGCCAAGACCGGGGAGCUGAUUCCCAUUGCCAUGGAGCUGAUUGGAAAGAUGUCGGAUAUCAACCAGAACAACCUUGGGGAGAGCGGGAAGUGUUAUGUUUUUGAGGUGGUGUUGCAACGGAGGGAGCCAACGAUAUGUCCUUUCUCACGAUGGUGCUCUAUGUACUCCGGGUCAUCGUGGCUUCUCGUGGUUGCAACGCAUGUCGACGACCGAAUUCGCGGCAGCGGGUUCGCGGAGCGGAUCGAGCGUGACGUUGGUACCUCAGAAGAUGGAAUGUUGAUGCCAAUGAUACUGGCUUGGAGCUCUCCCCCUCCGGGCAGUGAUAUAACGAAUGCUGUACCAGUAUCUUUGCAACGGAAAGUAGUUCGACGAAGCUAG